AUGGCUGAUGAACUUUUCCUCCCACAAUUGACAAGAGACAAUAAUACAUCUUCUAGAUUUACCAAAACAAACUUGUCACGAAAACGCGUUCGCGAUACUCCCCCUCCUGAUUCAAGCGAUCCUCCAGUUUUCUCUAGCGAUGAUGACCCUUCAGUAGAGAAAUACGCGCAAAAAAGACGAAAGCAAAAAUUUAGAGGUCCAUGGUUUGAUCAACGACUUGCGUCCGACUCUGCCUUUGAGGACGAAACUCUAGAUUGUGAGAUUCCCAUAAGAAAUAAAAGAACGUUCAACAAGAAGGUUGAUAGCGGUGUAUUUAUGGGUAGUGAUGGUACGGACAUAGAAGAUAUAAUUAUGGAGAAAGGAAAAAAGGCAUGGCCGGUGAACAAUGUUGCUGUGCCAUCACCACUCAAAUCAAGAAUCACUCUUGACACUCCAAAGGAUAUUCACGCGCAGAGAAAGAUUGAGAAAUGUCUUGAAGACGGAGAGGAGUAUAUCGAUCUAUCCCGUCUGGCUCUUGAUCAUCUUGAAAACUCUACCAUACGUCCUUUAGGAACCUUCGUCAAGGCCGCGCGUGGUUAUGCCGCUCUCGAGCCUUCGUUAAGGGUCAUCCUCUCUGGGAACCUUCUCACCAAACUCCCGGCAGAAUUAUUUAAUUUGAACAGAUUAGUUUUCCUUAGUCUACGAGACAAUAAUUUACAAGAGAUACCACCUGGCAUCGGGAUGCUGAAAGGUUUAGAAGACUUGAAUGUUUCUCAAAACAGUUUGGGAUACCUUCCUUACGAGAUUCUUGCUCUUCUUGUGGGAGGAACGCUAUAUGAUUUUCAAUUACACCCGAAUCCAUUUUACUUGCCAAUGGCGAGAUCCAAUAGCACUGAGAACGGCGCGACACCCCUUGAGAUUGAUCUCCAACGCAAAUGGCCGCUGAUUCGAGAUCCACCACUACUCAAUAAUGAAUUCAUCGGUAGAUUUCACCAAGGAAAUGACGACAUACCGAGACCAAUACUCUCCGAUCAUGAAAUGUCAGCUUUUUUCAUGCAGAGAGGAUAUUCUAACAACGGCUCAACACAAACCACUUUGACUUCGGCUGGCCCAAGUAAUCCAAUCUCUGGCGAAAAAUGUACUUUGUCCUACCAAUUCAGAACAAAAGUCAGAUUUCUCAGUACAUUUGGGCAGUGUAUAAAAGGGCCUGUGUUUCCAUCAGAUCCUCUUUGGAAAGACACUGGAAGGCACGUCCAACUGCCCGUUGCAAGUUCAGACGACAUUCCGGAGCCUCCUGCGGUCCAGUCACGCGUUCCGACUCUGCUGGAAAUAGCAUUGCAAUCUUGCAGUCGUCACCCUCAACUUCCACAUCUCGAAUCUUAUAUGAAAUAUCCUCCGCCCCAGAUUCCCUCCUUGCUUCGCAGGGCGGAAAAUGUCUGUUAUUCUGGACCUACGCUAUGCACUGUGUGUAAACGCAAUUUCGUUGUUCCUCGAACGGAGUGGAUAGAAUGGUGGGAGAUUGAAAAAGUAUCCAAGAAGGAUCGUCUGGAAACCACUUCAGCGGCCAGUGCUGCCAGUCCACUCAGACGUGUAGAGAAUGAAAGGGACGUUGCGGAAAAGUUGGUACCGCUAAUUCGAAGAGGUUGCAGUUGGUUAUGUCUACCAUCAAUAUUUGACCCAUUAUUGCUUCAGCUAUCCACCAAAGAAGAUGAUGUCAAAAAUGAGAUGGACAGGGACACGGAUAUUUGA